AUCAUCUUUUAUUAUAUUUACUUUUAUUACUAUCACUAAAGUUGUCCACACCAAAAACAUCUAGCAAUCUUGCCACGGAUAAAUCUUCCCUUGCCACACUAAAAUCUCACACAAUUUCAGACCCUUCUCUCACAAUCACUACAAACUGGAGCGAUACCGCUCCAGUUUGUAGUUGGAUUGGCGUGACAUGCAACUCACGCCACCACAGAGUCUCAGGACUCAACCUCUCCAACAUGGAGCUCUCCGGCCCCAUCCCGCCCCACCUAGGAAAUCUCUCCUUCCUCGUCUCCCUCGACCUCAAGGGCAACAACUUUAGUGGCACCUUGCCACCAGAGUUCUCUGGCUUGCGCCGCUUGAGGUACAUUUCUCUUUUUGUCAACAAUUUGGCGGGAGAGAUCCCAUCGUGGAUCCCAUCGUUAUCCAAACUCGAGUACUUAAACCUCAGAAACAAUAGUUUCUCAGGCUCCAUCCCGAAAACCAUCUCCAACUUAACGAACCUUUACUAUCUCGAUUUCUCCUUCAAUUUCCUCGAAGGAGAGAUCCCGGCCGAGAUGGGAGGCCUUCAGAGGCUGCAACAUCUGGCCAUCCAGUCUAACCGUCUCUCGGGGACUAUACCAUCUUCGAUAUUCAACAUAUCUUCGUUGCAAAGAUUAGCGUUUAGAGCGAAUGAACUGAGUGGUGGCAUUCCGAACUAUCUCUGCUCAAAUCUUCCUUUUAUUCAAGGGAUCUACCUUGCUUCGAAUCGAUUAAAUGGCCAGAUUCCAUCGAAUCUGUCGAGGUGUUCGCAGCUUGAGAUUCUGUCACUUUCUUCCAAUUCUUUUAGUGGACGGAUUCCUGCAGCCAUUGGCGACUUACAAGAACUCCAGUUACUGCAGCUUGCAAACAACAAUUUAACUGGCAUAUUGCCACCCAGUAUCUUCAGUAUCUCUUCUUUGCAACUCUUAGACGUAUCAAGCAAUAAACUUUAUGGGGAGAUUUCAAGAGAUAUCGGGAAUCUUACAAUGCUAACACACUUGUAUCUCGCUGAAAACGAUUUCACAGGUGUUAUACCUAGAGAAAUUGGGCAACGUUUUUCACAGCUCCAAUUCCUUCAAUUAUCCUCUAAUAAGUUGAGUGGCUCACUAGCACUGGAGAUUUUCAACAUCUCAUCUCUUACACGUCUUGUUCUUACACAAAACGAUCUAACCGGUUCUCUACCAACCCAUGUCUGCAUUCGCCUUCCCUCUCUCGAGUUUCUUCUCCUCGGUGGAAACCACUUCAACGGCACAAUACCUGACUCCAUUUCCAACUGCUCUCAGCUCCAACAGCUCGAUCUCGGCGUUAACGAAUUCACCGGCCUUAUACCUCUCUCUCUUGGAGCCCUAACAUCCCUUCGAGUGUUAAAUCUCCCCGAAAAUACUCUCUCAUCCUCCUCUUCCGAAUUGAGCUUCAUUACUUCAUUGACAAACUGCACAUUGUUAAGGAAUCUGGGAUUCAACAACAAUCCUCUCGGAGGCAUGCUUCCGGCUUCCGUUGGCAAGUUAUCUCCUCGUCUCGAACAGUUCAAUGCGUAUGGAUGCGGACUGAAGGGAAGCAUUCCGGUCGAGAUUGGCAAUCUGUCCAGCUUGAUCAAUCUCGCUUUGGACAACAAUCAACUCUUCGGGAAGAUUCCACGUUCAUUAAACAGACUGGUCAAACUCCAAGGGUUGGAUUUAGCAUUCAACAACAUCACAGGCUUCUUCACAGAUGAAGCCUGUAAUUUGCAAAGCUUGUCUUUAUUGAGUUUGAGUGCGAAUCGGUUGCAUGGUCCAAUUCCAACAUGUUUACAAAAUGUGACAUCCUUACGCCAACUUUAUCUUCAAUCCAACUUCUUGAACUCAACCGUUCCAUCGGGCUUGUGGCGUAUGAAGGAUCUCCUGGAGCUAGACUUGUCCUCCAACUCAUUCACCGGCUCCUUGCCUCCGGAGUUUGGUGGAUUAGCUGCAGUUAUUACGAUAAACGUCUCCAUGAAUCGAUUGUCAGGAUCUAUUCCAAGCACAAUUGGUGAUUUGCAAAAUUUGGAGAGUCUUUCUUUGGCGCGCAAUAGGCUUGAAGGUUUGAUCCCGGACUCCUUUGGGAGGAUUACCGGUUUGGUCACUCUUGACUUGUCCGGUAACAACCUCUCCGGUUCAGUGCCAAAGUCUUUGGAGGCGCUAAAGCGCCUCCAAAGCUUUAACGUCUCUUUCAAUGCUCUAAGCGGAGAAAUUCCUAAUAGUGGCAUUUUCCUCAACUUGACAAUGGAGUCGUUUAAAGGUAACGAAGCGCUAUGUGGAAAUCCGAGGUUUGGCGUCCCACCUUGUCAUGUUGUCAAAAAAUCGAAGAAGAAGAAGGUACAGUUUGCUCUGUUUAUUGUUGCAGGGGUCGUUGUUUUCGCCACAAUUAUGUGUUUGGUGUUUAUUUUCCUCGGAUGCGCGAGGAGGAAAGUUAAAGCAAGUGAUGCGAUAGUGUCCACUGUACCUAAAAGAAUUUCGUAUAUUGAACUGUCGCGAGCGACUCAGCAGUUCAACGAAACGAACUUAUUAGGCACAGGCAGUUUUGGUUCUGUUUUUAGAGGAAUUCUUGAAGAUGGGAAGGCUGUCGCGGUGAAGGUGUUUAGGCUGCAGUCAGAAGCCGGUUUGAGGAGCUUUGAUGUUGAAUGUGAAGUUCUACGCAAUAUUCGACAUAGGAACUUGGCGAAAGUUAUAAGCAGUUGCGCCAAUGAAGAGUUCAAGGCUUUGGUGCUUGAAUACAUGCCAAAUGGAAACCUCGAAAAGUGGUUGUACUCGCACAACUAUUGCUUGGAUUUCUCGCAAAGGAUGAGCAUAAUGAUUGAUGUGGCAUCGGCAUUGGAGUAUCUUCACCAUGGCUAUUCGACUCAAAUUGUUCACUGCGACUUGAAGCCUAGUAACGUGCUUUUGGACGAAGAUAUGGUUGGCCGUGUAAGCGAUUUUGGUAUAUCGAAACUGUUGAGCGAGGGGGAGAGUCUAGUUAUAACAAUCACACUAGCAACACUUGGUUACAUUGCACCAGAAUACGGGUUCGAAGGGCUAGUCUCCACAAGGUGCGACGUCUAUAGCUAUGGUGUGAUGUUGAUGGAAACUUUUACGAGAAAGAAACCAAGUGAUGAUAUGUUUGCCGGAGAUCUAAGCUUGAAGAUUUGGAUUGAAACCGCAAUUACACAAUCUGCUGCGUACCGAGUUAUAGAUGCCAACUUACUAACAAAUGUUGACGAAGAACAUGGCGACAAAAUUGUCGAAUUCGCAUCCUCAAUACUGCAGUUGGCUGUCAAGUGCUGUGCAGAUUCCCCUAACGACAGAAUAAACAUGAAAGAAGCUCUUGCAGAGAUGCACAAAAUUGAACGUCAAUUUUCGGGAUGAUGAUGUUGGCUGUCAAGCGCUGCGCAGAUUCACCUAGAUCGGUAUUGUGUUUGCGUGGCGUGGUUCGUUAUCAUAUAUUCCCUUGGUCGAAUCACAUAAAUUGUAGUAAUCACAUAAAUUAUGCCAGAUAUUUAUAUCCAUACAACAAAUAAAUCAAGAUUUGAGAAGGCAAAAUUUAAGUA